AUGUGGUUAACAGUAUUAGUUGUCAUCGCUAUUAUUGUCCUCAUCCUGUAUCUGGACACUGUAAAACCACAGAAAUUCCCGCCCGGACCAAAGUGGCUCCCGAUCCUCGGCUGCGCCUACGAGAUCCAGAAGGUUCGGGAAAAAAGUGGAUAUCUAUAUAAAUGCAUUCGAGAAAUAUCAAACAAGUAUUCAUACGACGGACACAUGGUAGGGAUAAAGAUUGGAAAAGAUAGAAUCGUCCUCGUUAACAGUUACGAAGCGAACAAAGAAAUGUUAUAUAAUGAAGACAUCGACGGACGUCCGAAGGGAAUCUUCUAUCAGGCGAGGACGUGGGGAGAGAGCAAGGGUGUCCUCGUUACUGACGGUGAACUCUGGAAGGAACAGAGACGCUUCCUCAUCAAGCACUUGAAAGAAUUUGGAUUCGGAAGAAAGGGGAUGACUGAAAUAUCCUUUUCGGAAGCCAGACACCUCGUUAAAGAUCUGUCAAAGGCCACUGGGGAUACAGGGAGCGCUGAGUUCGUUAUGCAUAACUUCUUCAAUACGUACAUUUUAAACACUCUGUGGUCGAUGAUGGCUGGGAUCCGUUACGAGCCAGAUGACCCACAGAUGAUAGUUUUGCAAAAACUCCUAUUCGAUCUCUUUGCUGCCAUAGAUAUGGUCGGUUGUGCAUUCAGUCACUUUCCUAUUCUGAGCUACGUCGCGCCGAGGGCUUCUGGCUAUACGUACUUCAUAGCGACACACGAGAAAGUCUGGAAAUUCCUUAGAGAUGAAAUCGCUAGACAUAAGGAGAGGUUCCACCCCAGCAAUAAAGACAAUGACUUUAUGGACGUGUACAUACGAGUGUUGAAUGAGCCGGGAGAAAAACCAACGUACUCGGAAGGUCAGUUAGUGGCGAUGUGCAUGGACAUGUUCAUGGCUGGUACCGAGACGACGGCGAAGAGUAUGAGUUUCUGCUUCAGCUACUUAGUUCGGAAUCAGGAAGCACAGCAGAAAGCGCAAGAGGAAAUAGACAGAGUUGUUGGGAGGGACCGGCUACCUACUUUAGAAGACAAAGCAAACAUGCCGUACAACGAAGCCAUAGUACACGAAAGCGUACGUCACUUCAUGGGACGGACCUUCGGAGUCCCACAUCGAGCUAUGAAGGACACUUCGCUCGCUGGCUACAACAUUCCAAAGGACACAAUGGUCGUGUCUAACUACACGAAUAUAUUGAUGGACGAGAAUUUGUAUCCAGACCCUUACUCAUUCAAACCAGAGCGUUUCAUAUCCAACGGAAAAAUCUGCUUGCCCGAACAUUAUUUCCCGUUUGGCUUGUCAAAGCACCGUUGCCUGGGCGAUGUUCUCGCUAAAUGCAACAUUUUCCUCUUCACCACUUCAGUGCUGCAGAAGUUCUCUGUCCUUCCGGUGCCCGGCGAAGGCUUACCUUCACUGAACCAUGUCGAUGGUGCGACGCCGUCCGCCGCACCCUUCAAAGCUUUGAUUGUUAAUAGAUAUUAG